AUGUCGGAAAAUAACUCAAUUUCAAGAAAUAAUAACGAUAACACAAGGAAGAAAAAUGCCAAAAAAAAUACCAAACCAGCAACAACAGCAGCAAUUGAAGACCCGCGUUUCGCUCACUCACUUACAGAUCCAAGGUUUAGACGUCCUAAAAAAAAGGAUAUGAAAAUAACUGUAGAUGAACGUUUUUCUGAUAUGCUCAAUUCCAAGGAGUUUGGCGUAUUUUCAAAGUUCGAUAAACGUGGACGAUUGAAAACAAUUGAUGAUUCAGCAAAAGAAUUAAAAAGAUAUUACAAUUUGGAUGAUGAUCAAUUAGAUGUUUCUGAUUCAUCGUCAUCUCCUUCUGAAGAUGAUGAUGUUUCUGAUAUAUUGUCAUCAGAUUCUUCUUCUUCUGGUGAUGAUGAUGAGCCAACCCACAGUGGUAAUUCAGAGCUUAUUGAAGAAGAAGAGCAAAUUACAUAUGGGGAAGAAACUCUUCGAUUAGCGGUUAUAAAUAUGGAUUGGGAUAAUAUAAAAUCAGCAGACCUUAUGAAAGUUUUCGCUACAUUUGUACCUAAAGGUUCAUUGAUAAAAUCUGUUAAAAUAUAUCCUUCUGAAUUUGGCAAAAAAAGAUUAGAUAGGGAAACGGUUGAAGGACCACCAAAAGAAAUAUUUAAAAAAACCGAUGAUUCUAAUUUAAAUGAAUCAGGUGAUGAUUCAAAUGAUGAUGACAAUGACGGCGAGGUUACUGAAAAGAACAUAAUAAAUGUGAGUGAUGGCAAGGAGUUUGAUGAAGAUGCGUUGAGAAAGUAUCAAUUAGAAAGGUUAAAGUACUAUUAUGCAGUUGUUGAUUGUGACUCAGUCAAGACUGCCAAGUGCAUUUAUCAAAACUGUGAUGGCGUAGAAUUUGAAAGCACUGGAAAUUUUUUUGAUUUACGCUUUAUUCCUGAUGAUGUGGAGUUCAAUGAUUUACCAAAGGAUGAAUGUUAUCAAGUGCCGGAUGUUUAUAAACCAGUUGAUUUUGUGACUGAUGCAUUGCAACAUUCUAAUGUGAAGUUAACAUGGGACAAUGAUGAUCCUGAUCGUGUAAAAAUAAUUAAACAAAAAUUUUCAAAAAAUGAUUUGGAAUUAAUGGACUUUAAGUCAUAUCUUGCUUCAUCUAGCGAAGAGGAAGAAUCAGAUAAUGAGGUUGAAGAGGCAAGGCAAAAAUAUAAGGACCUAUUAAUUGAUUUAGAAAAAAAUAAAUCAGAUGAAGAUCAAGAUAUUCAGAUCACAUUUGCACCUGGUUUAAGUGAAUCCGCUACAUUAAAUGAUUCACACAAUGAUUCAGAUGAUAAUGAAGAUGAAAUGUUGUUAGGUAUUAAUAAAAAUAAUAGUAAUAAGGAAGAAAAGAAAAUUUUAAAACAACAAGGAAAAUUAUUAGAAAAUAACAAGUAUAAAAAGAAUAAGGAAAAAUAUGACAGUGAUGAUGAUGAAAUUACCAAAACAAGAUUUAAUGUUACAAAAUUAUCCAAAAAAAAAUCAAAAAAAAAUACACACAAACUUUCAAAACUAGAACAACAAGAGGCCGAUCGUAAUAGAGCAGAAUUAGAAUUAUUGUUGAUGGAUGAUGAAGAUAACUUAGUUGGUGAUGGGGAUGUUCAGCAGGAGGAGAAUGAUAAUUUCGAAAUUGAUUUGGAAGACACACGAUUUGUUGCUUUACACGACUCAUAUCACUUUGCCAUAGAUCCUACUAGCCCUCAGUAUCCUUUAUCUUUAUUCACGUGA